AUGCGACAGGGCACAGACAUGACAGAGAAAAGCGCGAUUUUUCAGGCAUGGAAGGUGCUGCUGGUGGGGAUGUGUGUGCUACUGCUGAUCCUGACCUCCGGUCUAGUGUUUCUGCUGGUUCGGCAGAAGGAGCUGUCAGACGAGCUGGUCAGGUUGGACGCCCAGAUGCAGGAGCUGUCACAGAGCUGCAGGCUGAAGGAGGGAAUCCAGUCCACGGACCAUGAUGAGGCUGCAGAGCUGAAGAAGCUCCAACGCAGAAGGAGGAACCAGGAGGGGGAAUCAACACACAGUCAAGAGGAGAAGGACAUGCUGAUGCUGAUGACAUACUCCAUGGUCCCCGUCAAAUCGCUCAUGGACAUGUGCAGCUCCAGAGGAGUUUGUUUAAUAGGUCCAGCUGGGCCUCCAGGAGCCCCUGGUAAAGUUGGAGAACCGGGACCCAAAGGAGACCAUGGGCCUCCUCGACUGAAAGACGAAACCUGCAACGACAUUCUCACUGAGGGUUCCCCUGGUCCAAGGGGUCCACCGGGUCCACCUGGUCCAACUGGUCCACCUGGUCCAAACCGGCCCCCCUGCAAUCCUAAUAGAGUGAGAAACAAAACUAUCGGCAGACGGAUUCAUCAAACCAACAAGAUGGAGAAGUCAGAAUCAUUCCAUCCGCACCACGACACAGACGCCUUGAAUGAGACCAACACAGGAGACGUCACAGAGGCACCAGUACAAUUAUCAACAGUUUUACCAACCACACGUUCUGCUCAUGAAGCCGCUGAUAUCUUUAACUUCACUAACUCAGAGAGGUUCACGAACAUAGAAAAGGACACUGCUCAUUUUCCUGAGGACCAAAACAGUGAUGCCUUCAAUGACAGUAGAACCAUCAUUAAAACACCCAUGAAAAGUGAGUCAGUAUCACCUCGUCCAGACUACAGACAGGACUCCUGGACUGGAAGCAACACAGGGAACGUGACACCAACACCACGUCCACCUGACAACAUCCCCGUUAAUGACUCUGAGAAACGACUAAACCCAACAGUGGAACCUGACUCUUCUUAUCCACUCCAGAACGCCAAUGAGAUCAAUGUGACCGACAGUGAGACAUGGACAAAGAAGGAGUGCCAUAUCAAAAGUAUCAAAUGUUCGGAGAGAGACACCAAAAUGAGAAGCACGUUUGGAGCCUGGAUGUCAGACGUAUCUUUGCACGACAACAAUCGAUACUGGCUGGCUGAUCACUUUUCAGGUCGAAUUUUGGCAGAGUAUGAGAACAUUUCCUCCUCUCAGAGCUUGAGCAACCAUACUACAGAUGUCAGGAGGUUCUACCAGGGCUGUGGCCAUGUUGUUUAUAAGGGGUCAUUUUACUUUCACAAUGCUGGAACAAACAAUCUUAUAAAAUUUGACCUGAACACUAGGAGAAUGGACACUCUGAAUGUGGCAAAGAGCAGAUACAACAACCUAAAUUAUCUUUUCUGCAACUCAAAGACUUACUUCAAGUUUGCUGUGGAUGAAAAUGGACUGUGGGUGAUUUUUGCUUCAGAUACCGAUGAUAACACAAUGGUUGCAAAGCUCAACCCCGACACAUUUUCUGUGGAGUCUUUGAUCAACACUGCCUACCCCACAACUAAAGCAGGAAAUGCCUUCAUCGUAUGUGGGGUGCUUUAUUUCACAGAUGAUAAGGACAGAAGAGUGGCCUAUGCUUUUGAUUUGAAGAAACUGAGUGCUUUUGAUGCAGGUUUUGAUUUAAGGCCAGCUACAGGCAUCUUGGCUAUGCUGUCUUACUACCCCAACAAAAAGCUUUUGUACAUGUGGGAGAACAGCAAAGUGAAAACCUGCAGAGUUAAACUCAAAGCGACCUCAAAAUGA